AUGAGCGUGCUGCCAGACAUCUCUCCAGGAGCGUCGCGAGAGAAGCCCAAGACGCAGUUCCUCAAAGAGACCUACGAUGUCUCUUUCGACGGAGGUGAAGCAAGGGAUAACCUUUGGAAGACGGUUCUGCCGCAGGGCCAAACCGGCAAGCGGAGAGAGGCCAAGGCACAGGAACUCAUGCAGGAGCGCCAGCGAGCUGAGGAGCGUGCUGAAAAGCGCUGGCGCCAAAAGUUCGAGGAAUGGCAAGCCAACUUUCAAUCCGACAUGGCCAGUGAGGUCUGCAAGGAUCGAAGCGAGCCCGAGGCGCACCAUCUGCGUGAGCCCGAGCUGGAGGAGUUGAAAGGCCGUACCGAGGCUGCCGAGAAGGAGUGUGCCGAGCUCCGCGAGGAAUGCAAAGGGCAGCUGGACGAGCUGGCACGCCUCUACGAGGAGUUUCGGCGUGCUCACCAAAAGGUGCAGGAGGAGAAGGCGCGGAGGGAAACGAUCGAGAAGCACUUGGGGUCUGCUGUGGAGGAGCAGGGCAAGUGGACAGAGAAGCUCGCCCACCGCAUGUCGCAGCUGCAGCAGGCUCGGCAGCAGCGCCGAGCGAUUGGCGCCAGAAUUGCGCAGUUCGGCAACGAGCUCCACACCUUGGACCUGAGGACGGGCGAGUGGGUAUCACAGGUUGCCAAUGACAGAGGCCGCGAGAUGCCCAGCAUGGAGGAGGAGCUGGGCGCAGCGAGGGCGGCGGCGGAAGAGGCAGAGAGCCAGGUUGCCGAGGCGGAGAAGUUGUCGAAGGAGCUCCAGGAGUUCCUGACAAGUCCUGAAGUCCUGUCCAUCGACUCGGUUCAGCAAGAGGUGGACCGGAUGUCCUUCAAGGCAGCUUUCAAGGAUGCCUGGGAACCUUGGGCCUUGGAGGAGCCCAGUGACGAAGCCACAGAGCUGGGACACGAGGCAGACCAGCUAAGCCCAUCCUCUGCGCAGGGUGCAUUGUCUUUUGGCGAGGACGAGGCCGGGUCCCAAUCCCCGCAGUCCCCGCAGUCCCCAUACGAGGACUUUGGGGAUCCGUCGCCGGAAAGCACAUCGCCUGCUCAUGGUCCUGAGGAAAACUCUGAUGCAGAUGAGGUCUCCCCACUGCGCGGGGACCCAUCCAGUCCGCAAGCAGCAUCAGAGCUCGACGAAUCCUAUGCCAUUGACCAAGAUGCGUUCGAGGAGCCGCCUUCGCCUGCCUCUCCUGGUUCUGCCGGAGGACCCUCAGACUGA